AUGUCCAACGCCAACGACACCCUCCGCGAAGCCGCCAAAGGAAACCUCGAGCCCCUCAAGCAACAAAUCCCCUCCGCCGAGCAGGUCCAGCAAGAAGCGUCCAAACAGCUCCAGAAGGCCAAGGACAGCAUACCCACGUCGACGGAGGAGCUCAACAAGAAUGUCGAAGAGGUGGCCAAGAAGAGCUUCCAGAGUCUGAGGGACUUUGCGGCGGGUGGCGUGGGUGGGGUGUGUGCGGUGGUCGUGGGACAUCCGUUUGAUUUGGUGAAGGUCAGGCUGCAGACGGCGGAGAAGGGUGUGUAUAGCGGGGCUAUGGAUGUGGUGAGGAAGACGAUUGCGAGGGAGGGGCCUGUUAAGGGACUCUACGCCGGUGUAUCAGCACCACUGGUAGGAGUAACCCCCAUGUUCGCCGUCAACUUCUGGGCCUACGGCGUAGGAAAACAACUCGUCGACUCCUUCUCCGUCGUCAAAGACGGUCAAUACUCCGUCGGCCAAGUCUCCUUCGCCGGCUUCUUCUCCGCCAUCCCCAUGACCCUCAUCACCGCCCCCUUCGAACGCGUCAAAAUCAUCCUCCAAAUCCAAGGCCAGAAACAGCUCGCCCCAGGCGAGAAGCCCAAAUACGCCGGUGGCGUGGACGUCGUGCGUCAACUCUACAAAGAAGGCGGCAUCCGCUCCGUGUACAAAGGCUCCUUCAUGACCCUCGCGCGAGACGGACCCGGUUCCGCGGCGUACUUCGCGACGUACGAGAUUGUGAAGAGGCGGUUGACGCCCAAGGACCCGGAGACGGGCAAGCCGGGGCAGUUGAGUCUGACGGCGAUUAUGACGGCCGGUGGCGCGGCGGGCGUGGCGAUGUGGACGGCGGUGUUCCCGGUCGAUACCGUCAAGUCGCGGUUACAGUCUGCCGAGGGCAAUCAGAGCAUCAUGGGAUGUAUUCGGGAGUUGUACGGGAAAGGAGGGUUCAAAGCUUUCUUCCCUGGUGUGGGACCUGCCAUGGCGCGAGCAGUGCCGGCGAACGCGGCGACGUUCUUGGGCGUGGAGCUGGCGCAUGCCGCUAUGAAUAAGGUGUUUUAG